CAUAAAAGUUCAUUUAUGUCGUCAGAAAAUGCGCCUGUUUAUUUUGGAAUACGUACGGUACUGAGGACAUUAACGAAUCAGAUGUUUUCGCGCUAAUAUACUCUGAUACGUAUGCGCAGUAUUUCUGCGACGAAUGAGUUGAAUGGGUUUGUCGUUUAUAGUUCGUAAUAAAAUUCAGCGAAGUAAUAAUUUGUGUAUCGGAAUAAAAGUGGCAAAUAUCCUAUGUAAUUGCACACGUUAUCACUAACAUGUUUUCUAUAUAAGAUUACAACUUUGAUAUAAUACUUGUUCUGAUAUUUUUAAUAUGACAUAGCAAAUUUAAUGAUCAUGACUGUUUCAUAUUUAUAAAUAAUCAUUAUUACAAUUUAAAAAAAAAUGGAUUCAGUAUAUGGACAUUAUAAUCAGAACGCUUCAGAAAAAAUUAAUAUAAAGGAAUAUUUUUCAAGAUAUUCCAAUAUUAUUAAGCCUUGUUAUCUUGGUUGGUUGGCUUCAACAACCGAUCAAUCUAUUCUUAAAAUAAUGAAAAAUGAUUUAGGAAAUGAGGAAAUGGAUUUGUUGUCAGAAUACUGCAGCGAAGAAAAUUUAACUAUACCAGGAGAGAUUCCUAGAUUGAAAGAAAAUCUACCAAUAAAAAAUAAAGACUUACGUAAAGUAUCUAUGAUCACAGAAGAUAUUAAUUUAGAAACGAUUCGACAGUUGAAAAAGAGAAAAGAAACAAAGGAUCAAUAUCAUUUCAAAUUUACUAGCGAAUUAUUUAUUAAGUAUGGAAAGAUCAACAAAUACAAUGAAAGCACGAUUGAUCUUGCUAUACCGUACGAAGAUAUUUUCAUUGAUAUUAGAAUAUAUGAACCUUUUAUGCAUUCAUCGAAUCAAAUGAAAAGUAACUACAGAAAGGCAAGACCUACCUUGAAAUAUGUGAUAACAAUGUUAGGGAAACAGACGCUUGCUGAAUUGCGCGAUAAAAUAAAAUGCUUAUCCGAUUUAUCGAUUCCAGUAGAAACCAGUGAUAAUCCUAAUCAAUCAUUUCAACCAUUGGCAAAAGAUGUGUACAAGUCAGGCUUCUUUUAUAUAGAAGAUACAUUUUACAACGACUUUAGAGAUCCAGCAAAUAUAGAUUAUAGCGAAGUAAUAGUAGAAUGGGCAAAGAUAAAACAAUUAGGACCAUUUCAUACUGAUUCUAUGGAAAAAGUUACAAUAGAUUCUCUUUCUGUAAGAUUUGGUUAUCCAUGGGUAUAUCAGCAUCAAGGCUUUUGUGAACAUCUCAUUAUAUUCAGUGAUGCAAGAUUGGUACAACCUUAUGACGAAUUACAUAUAUCUGCAUAUCCAAGAAUACAAAGAAUCAGACCCCAAAGAGCUAAUUAUUGCUUCAUGUGCGGAAUUCUGCCUGUUAGAUGGAUUACAACAGAUCACGAUAGAGUACCUCAUAAUCCUUGCUUUUUUUGUGAAAAUUGUUUUAAGUCAUAUAAUUACAUUGGUGGUAAAAAGAUUGGAAAUUUUAAAGCAUAUCGCUAUCCCUAUGAUUCUACCCUCAUAGGAGAAGAGGAAGAGGAAGAGAAAGAGGAAGAGGGAGAAAAAGAAAAAGAAAAAGGAAAAAAAAAAGGAAAAGAGAAAGAGAAAGAAAAAGGAAAAGAAAAAGAGAAAGAAAAAGAAGAUAUAUAGAAAAAGUAAAUAUUAAUGUAAUUCUAACAAUUUCGAAUAUAAAUAUAUUGAAAACGAUGUAUAAAAAAUAUACAAAAAUAAAAUUAUUUUACUGAUCGUUUUAA